CUGUCAUUUGCAAGAUCCUUAUCAGCCCACACAACUCCAACGCCAGGCGCCGGCCAUAUGACUUUGUUGGGCGUUGAUAAACUCGAUCGUCGGUGUGUCUUUUGCAACUUUAGUGAAGGAAGCGGCUUUGUGUUCGCGCGGCCGCGUAAUUUGUGUAGGUUGUUGGGCUCCGACUGUCGGAGCAAACUCGAAUGUAUUCAUAUUAUAGACUGGAGAGAGGACAGGCUGGUGUAUGUACUGUGCAGUACAUCUCCCUUCGCAUCAACCACCAACGCGGGCAAAUGAGAUGACACGGAAUGGGCAACGCAAAAUAUCUCUCGGCGUCUCGCCGCACCGUUCAAACAUGUUCGAGUCCGCAAAUUGGCCGGCUCCCGAACCAAAUCACGGCAGAUAAAAAGCCGUCUCCCGUUCACAGAACCUUCUUCCACCCCAGGUUUUCAAACUCCGACAACGAAGCCCCCCAGAAACAAUGCACGUCAUCAAGCUCAUAACCCUCGCCGCCUUCUCAUCAACGGCCUUCGCUCUCCCGGUCGUCAACCACAACGACGAUGCACCGUGGCAUGACCUCCUAAUCUCUCGCCUCGAAACCGUGCGCCAUAAUGCGGGAGUGCGCGGCGGUUCCGUCGCCGUCGUUCACGGUGACAAGACCUGGCUGCACGCGUUUGGGCAUAAGGAUUUGGAACAGACCCAGCCGGUGGACGUUGACACGUCGUUUCUUAUCGGGUCGUGUACUAAGUCGUUUACGGCCCUCGGCGCGGCCAAAGCCGUUGCGCAGGGCAAGCUGUACUACGAUAAACCCCUGAACGACUACGUGCGAGAUUUCUACCCGGAGUAUCUGGGGCUUUGGGACCCGGUGGCGAACGAGAAAGUGACCCUCGCGGACGUUCUUGCGCAUCGCACGGGAGUCGCCGGCGAUUUCCCCGUGAUCCUAGCAUGGAACACGACCGAGCGACUGCUCCAGCAUCUCAAGCACGUCCCCCCGUCCUUCCCCUACAACGGCACCCACACGCCCUUCCAAUACAACAACAUAAUGUACGGCCUCGCGGGGUUUCUCACCGCCAAAGCGAACGGCAACGGCGGCGACUGGGCCUCCAUGAUCCGCCGCGACAUUUUCGGGCCGUUGGGGAUGAACGCCUCCACGGCGACGCUGGACGAUUUCCUCGCCAAACCGAACCGCAGCCCGGGGCUGGACCCAGGAACCGACGCGAUAGAGGAUUCGGUGCUUCCUGCGGAGUCCGCGGGGGCUAUUUCGUCGACUGCGAGGGAUUUUGGGAAGUAUGCGCACGCAUUGUUGAAGACGUUCCGGGGCGAGGCGGAUCCGUUGGCGCUUACGAAGGAGGUGUUUGCGCCGUUCCGCGAGAAACAGGGCGAGGUUCCUGACGGACUGCAACAGCUUUUGGCGACGGUAGGAUUGUUGGGUGGUCGGAAUAUAUCGUCCGAUGUCAGUUACACAUUCGGCUUCUGGAAAACCCAGUGGCGCAACUACACCUUCUUCACGCACGGCGGCGAUAACAGCGGUUACACCGCAAACUUGUGCGUGCUCCCGGAGGCCAACCUGGCGGUCACCGUGCAAACCAAUGCCGAUGGCCCCCACGGCUGUUUCCGCGACCUCGCCUGUGCCGUCGCGUUCGACACCGUGCUGGGUUUCACCGACUCCACCAGCUACGACUGCCUAUCCCUGCCCCCUAACCCCAUCCCGGCCCCGCUCCCCGCCCUUCCGCUCCCCGCCUCUGUCUACACCGGCGUGUUCGAGUCCCCGAUUAUGGGUCAAUUGGUCGUGACCGACGACGCCCACGGAAACCUUACAGCGGCCGUCGGCGAGCGCCACAAGUUCCUCGACAGCCCGCUGUACGCGACGUUGGGGUUCCCCGACGGCCCUGCGAAGGGUCCUUUACCCGGGGCGACACCCGAUUCCAUCCAGCUUUCUGGCCUGAACCUCAUGGGGAUGCCGCACUUUUUCGUCGCCAAGACCACCGUCGGGGAGAACAACACCACGGUGAUCGGCGGGUAUUACUACGCGCUCGAUCGGGAUAUGACCAAGAUCUGCGAGGAGCCGGGAAUCGGAUGUCAAGACUUUUUCAAGCGCGUCGACGGCCCGACUACGACCCCGCCGAAAUGCCAUGCUCGCUCCUAACUCCACCCGCCGCGAAUGAGCCGGGAUCUACCGAGGCUUCAGCCUCCACGUCCCCUUGACGGCGUAGAUUCCAGAACAUUAGAUGUGUCAUGUUCGUAGUAAUUUGUACAUAGC